CUUAUUACAUCUGUAUUCAACCGCAAUCGAGUUUGGAGGGGGUUGGUGGUGAAUAUCAAGAAACGAGAGAGAAGAGAACACCUUCUGCAUGUGCUGUUAGAAAUUACGGACGAUCUGUCGCUCUGCGGUCAGCUGUGGAAGCGGGAGAGUUUGUCGGGAGACCUCGCGAAGACCAGCGGACGGGAGGAGAAGCUACGUGAAGCUACCUCGAGUACAAUGACGGCUGCCGAGGAGACGGAGCCGUUGAUAUCCACAACACCACAGACGUCGUCUGUUCAUAAAAUCCAGAGAGUCACUUAUCAUUCGAUUUCUUUCGAAAAAAACGAAAGAAAUGUGUCGCACGAUGGAAGCCCGGAGGCCUCGUUUAACUUGAAGCCAAUCUCAAACGUGCCGACAGGCGUGCAUUUCAACCAUGAGAUCGCCAUCAACAAGAUCACGUACACGUGGAGCGACGUGAACGUGUACGUCAGCGCGAACAGCGACAGGAUCUGGGACCGGGUGACGUUCAGGCCGAGGAAACCUGUCGCGCAGAGACAUAUACUGGAGGAUGUGUGCGGGGUGGCUAAUCCCGGCGAGCUGCUCGUCAUCAUGGGUGCGUCAGGCGCCGGCAAGACCACCCUGCUGAACACGCUGACUUUCCGCUCAGUGCGCGGGAUGUCCGCGACUGGCCUGAUGGCCGCCAACGGUCAAAGGGUAUCGCCGGAUGUGCUGACCUCAAUGAUGGCUUACGUGCAGCAGGACGAUUUGUUCAUUGGCACGCUCACCGUGGUGGAGCACCUGAUGUUCCAGGCGAUGGUGAAGAUGGACCGGCGAAUACCCCGCGAUCAGAGGAUCAAGCGAGUCAACGAGGUCAUUGAAGAGUUGGCUCUGUCCAAGUGUCGCAACACCAUAAUCGGCGUAGCCGGCAAGGUGAAAGGUCUCUCGGGAGGAGAGAUGAAGAGAUUAUCCUUCGCCUCUGAGGUGCUGACCGAUCCUCCGUUGAUGUUCUGCGACGAGCCGACGUCAGGCUUGGACUCCUUCAUGGCUCAUCAGGUUGUUUCCAUCUUGAAGGCGUUGGCGGCACGUGGUAAGACGAUCAUCGCCACUCUUCAUCAACCGUCGUCCGAGCUCUUUGCUCUUUUCGACAAGAUUCUGCUGAUGGCCGAGGGAAGGGUCGCCUUCAUGGGUACCUCCUCGCAAGCUUGUUCCUUCUUCAAGACGCUCGGCGCGGCUUGUCCCAGCAACUACAACCCCGCGGACUACUUUGUGCAAACGUUGGCGAUCGUACCGGGACGCGAAUUGACCUGCAGACACGCGAUCAAGACGACGUGCGACGCCUUUCAGACAAGCGACUACGGCAUGAAGAUCGCCUCCGAGGCAGAGGCAGUCCACGGCGACUUCGAGGACUCCCUCAGAGGGCUCAAGCAGCCGCGUUCCAGCGGCUCGCCCUACAAGGCGACCUGGUGCGAGCAAUUCCGCGCGGUUCUGUGGCGAUCUUGGCUGUCGGUGAUCAAGGAACCGAUCCUCAUCAAAGUCCGCCUCUUACAGACGAUCAUGGUUUCGCUGCUGAUCGGCGUCAUCUACUUCGGCCAACGGAUGGACCAGGACGGCGUGAUGAAUAUCAACGGCGCCCUGUUCAUCUUCCUCACCAACAUGACCUUCCAGAACGUCUUCGCGGUUAUUAACGUCUUCUGCGCCGAACUGCCGAUAUUCCUCCGCGAGCACAGAAACGGAAUGUACCGCACCGACGUCUACUUCAUCUGCAAGACGUUGGCGGAGGCGCCGAUAUUCCUGGCGGUGCCGUUGAUCUUCACCAUCAUCGUUUACCCGAUGAUCGGCCUCUACCCGGACAUGAAGCACUUCUUCAUUGCCACUGGCAUAGUGGCUCUCGUGGCGAACGUCUCGACUUCCUUCGGUUACCUGAUAUCGUGCAUCAGUAACGGGGUGUCCAUGGCCCUUUCCGUCGGCCCCCCGGUGAUAAUACCAUUCAUGCUCUUCGGUGGCUUCUUCCUCAACACAGCAUCCGUGCCGUCCUACUUCGAGUGGUUCUCUUACCUGUCUUGGUUCCGUUACGGCAACGAGGCGCUGCUGAUUAAUCAGUGGGCCGAGGUCGACACCAUUCAGUGCACCAGGAGCAACACGACGUGCCCGAGAUCCGGGCGCACGGUUCUGCAGACCUACAACUUCAAGGUGGACGAUUUCUGGAUAGACAUCAUCUGCCUGUUCUCGCUCAUCGCGGCGUUCCGCCUCCUGGCGUUCCUCGCUUUGCUGUCCAAGACUCGCCGUUCGAAGUAACCCGACCGAAGUGCCGAUCGUCGCCUCGCCGACGACAAGAAACCUCGCUUCGCGGGUUCAACGUUACCUUGUAUAUGUGUAUGAUGUACC